AGGGGCUGCCAUGGCCGGGUCGCCAUGGCGAUCCAAACAAUCAACCAUCAAUUGUUAUUUGGCGUCACAUGCUCUAACAUCGGCGAGCCAAAAUGGCUCUAAAAACCUCCAAAAUUACCAGUGAAGUGCUCCAAACAUGCAACAAGUUCUUCUCCAGCAGCGGCGCAGCCGUCAAAGGCAAGCUACCGGCCGCCCUUAGGCCUGCGCUGCGCUACAAAAUCACCAACACCGGCAAGCCGGAAGGGCUGCCGGAUCUGGGGUUCAAGCCCGAGCCGGCCACGAUGUUUGCCGAGCUGCAGCCGGCCGCCGAGCCCGAGUUCCGGUUCGACUGCCACCCGCCCAAAUGGGCGACCAAGGCGGCGGACAGUAGUCCGUUCCCGGACACGCUCAAGCCGAAAAGGCGACUGCAUGUGACCUACAGCGACCAGCAAAAGGCCAACGACAAGAUGCUCAAGUACAAAAUUACGAGUUUGAAUCAGACGCGCAGCUUUUCCACGCAGCGACAGUUCAGCGGCAAGCCGCCCGCGGAGAACAGCGGCGCCGGCUCGUGCAAGCGCAAGCCGCACCCGUGCUACAAGGCCAAGCACAAGAACUGCGCACUGGCCAAUAAGGACUGUCCGCGCUUCAAGCUGCUGGAAUGCGAACAGUCCAAAGGGUCCAACUGCAAGCUGAACUACCUGGAUCCCAACUGCACGAAAAAGUCCGCGCCCUACCCGUCCUACAGUGAGUCAUGCGCCGAAAGCCUGCCAGACGACCCGUCCGAGUGCCAGCAGUGCCCUUGGCGCACGUGCGAUGGCGCCGACACCAUCGAACCCGGAAAACCAGUGCGCAACCGGCGCAGCUUUAGCACUUCGUGCCAUCUGGAAACCACCACGGGCGUGGUGCCGGGGCCGGCGGUCCCGCCCUUCCCCCUACUGUUCAACAAGGAGGACUGCGGCCAGACGAAGCGCCCCUGCAAGCAGCCGCCCGGGCCCUGUGAGGUGCGGCGCCAGAAGGAGGAGGAGCAGCGCAAGGAGCGCGAAAUCCGAAUCCCGCCACGCCCCAAAAAAGCCGCCGCAGUCCUACUGGCCAAGAAGAAGCACCCCAACUGCCAUCCGCAGGGGCCCAAGAAGCCCAAGCGACCGGACGAGGGCAGUGUUGAUGCGGACUUGUCCAUCGAGUAUGGCAACGUCGAGUGGUGGCAUGGGCGUGGCAAGAAACCGGUGGUAUACGGGGGCGUGGGCGACAAGUGCGACGACGUCACCAUCAGGAGCAAGCAGGAAGUGACAAAGAAGGGAUGGCGCAAAAAGGCCACGCCCCAGGACCAGGUGCGCAACAAGACCACGCCCUUCAAGACGGCGCUGCUGCUCAAGGAAAAGCGGAUUAAGGGCGACGAGGGCCACCCGCCGCCCUGCGAGGAUCAGCGCCAGGACAGCCUCAACUGCCCCGACAAGCCGCUGAAGAAGCCCAAGUACAAGCGGCGGCCGAUGGACCGCGGCUACUACAAGCGCCCUGAGGACCCCUACAAUCCCUCGAACGGCGGCAAAUAGCGAAUAAAGACCUGCGCUCGAA